ACUGUGACUGCGAAAAAUAGUAGCAGCUGCGAAAAGGGGAGUGCGAGUAAUUGAUUUUUUCUGAAGAAAAGUGGGCAGCAAAUUGAGGAAAAACUUUUUGCUUGUAGUGUUUGUGCUGGCUGCAAAUUUCUAUAAAACCCAAGUUAGUAGCCACAACUAAGCUCACAAUGAUUGGUGGUCUGUUUGUUUACAACCACAAGGGCGAGGUUCUAAUCUCGCGAGUUUAUCGCGAUGAUAUUGGUCGCAAUGCAGUGGACGCUUUUCGGGUCAACGUCAUCCAUGCUCGCCAGCAGGUGCGCUCUCCGGUCACCAACAUAGCUAGAACGAGCUUCUUCCACAUUAAGCGUGCCAAUAUUUGGCUGGCGGCGGUCACCAAGCAAAAUGUCAACGCCGCCAUGGUCUUUGAGUUCUUGCUAAAGAUAAUUGAGGUGAUGCAGUCGUACUUUGGCAAAAUCUCCGAGGAGAAUAUAAAGAACAACUUUGUGUUGAUCUAUGAGCUGCUGGAUGAGAUUCUAGACUUUGGGUAUCCGCAGAAUACGGACUCAGGUACGCUGAAGACAUUCAUAACACAGCAAGGCAUCAAGUCAGCUACCAAGGAGGAGCAGAUGCAAAUUACAUCGCAGGUAACGGGACAAAUUGGUUGGCGACGCGAAGGCAUCAAAUAUAGACGCAAUGAGCUCUUCUUGGAUGUGCUGGAGUAUGUUAAUCUGCUGAUGAGCCCACAGGGCCAGGUAUUGUCGGCUCACGUAGCCGGCAAGGUGGUCAUGAAAUCCUAUCUGUCAGGCAUGCCCGAGUGCAAGUUUGGCAUUAACGACAAGAUUGUCAUGGAGUCCAAGGGACGUGGCUUAUCUGGAAACUCCGAGGCAGAGACUUCGCGCUCUGGCAAGCCCGUGGUUGUCAUUGAUGAUUGCCAGUUCCAUCAGUGCGUUAAACUGAGUAAAUUUGAGACGGAGCAUUCAAUCAGCUUUAUCCCACCGGACGGUGAAUUCGAGUUGAUGCGCUAUCGUACAACAAAAGACAUUUCGCUACCAUUCCGUGUUAUUCCCCUUGUGCGUGAAGUAGGACGCACUAAAAUGGAGGUCAAGGUAGUGCUCAAAUCGAAUUUUAAGCCUUCACUUCUGGGCCAAAAGAUUGAAGUAAAAAUCCCUACACCGCUCAACACGUCGGGCGUCCAGUUGAUCUGCCUGAAGGGCAAGGCCAAAUACAAGGCAUCGGAGAAUGCAAUUGUAUGGAAAAUUAAACGCAUGGCGGGCAUGAAGGAGACACAGCUGUCAGCCGAAAUAGAAUUACUCGAAACGGAUACGAAGAAGAAAUGGACACGCCCGCCCAUUUCCAUGAACUUCGAGGUGCCGUUUGCGCCUUCGGGCUUCAAAGUGCGCUACCUGAAAGUCUUUGAGCCCAAGCUCAACUACUCCGAUCACGAUGUGGUCAAAUGGGUACGCUACAUUGGACGCAGCGGACUCUACGAAACUCGCUGUUAAAUGGGCGAAUAAGUCUCUCUAGCAAGUGGAAAUGAAAUUUGGAAAUUGAUAAUUAAUUGUUUAAUAGUUUCCUUGAACAAAAGUUGUCUCGUCUGCCACAACUACAAGUUUAGCUUGAACUUGAAAAAGCAUAUUACAUAUAUACAUACCAUUAUGUACUAUAAUUUACAUACACACUAUUAUUAUUAACUACUAUUAUAUUGUUUAUAGUACGCCCGUAAUAGGCGCGUUUCAAAUCUCACUUUCCCAGCCCCUUUCAAACCUACUCCAUUGCCUUGUGUAUUAUGUUUAUCAAUGGAUUGUUCAAUUGUGGAGAUUUAAGAGCUGUAUCUGAAGUACACUCACUCACACAGCAUUAUGUAUUUAGAUGCCAACCCUCUCUGUUCUGUCACUCAGCGCUAUUAAUAUUGAUAUUCAAAGUGUUAAUAAUCGAAUUGUUUAAUAAAUAUAAAAAUAUAGCAUGAUAUAAA